CGAGCGACCGUCCCGCUAGCUGUCCGGUGUGGUUGAGCGUGUGGAGUGUGGAGAAACUUCCAGUGGGUUCCAUUGGUUCUAUCCUCGCCCCCAGCCCAUCCUCCGGAGUUCCCCGGAUCCACGGACCCGCUGCGCCACCCGCCUAUUACUACGAGCCGUCCCAGCCGUCCCAGCCGUUCGAGUCCAGCCCCUGCCUUGAGUUAGUGCCCAAGAUGUCGGUGGUGGGAAUCGACUUUGGCUAUGACAACUGCUACAUCUCAGUGGCCCGAGCAGGAGGCAUCGAGACCAUCGCCAAUGACUACAGCAUGCGAGACACGCCCUCCAUGGUGGGCUUCACGGACCGCCAACGCACGAUGGGCGUGGGCGCCAAGAACCAGCUUCUCACCAACCUGAAGCGGACCUUCUUCGGGUUCAAGGCACUUCUCGGGCGUUCAUUCGAGGAUCCGUUGGUCCAGACCGAACGCGCUCGUUUGCCAUUCCCCAUCUCCAUGGCCAAAGACGGAGGCAUUCUCGUCCACGUGGACUACCUCAGCCAAGAGCAGGCCUUCACCCCGCAACAGCUCACCGCCAUGCUUUUCACCAAAAUCAAGGACACCGCGGAUCAAGCGCUGCAAACCAAGGUCAAGGACGUGGUCAUCAGUGUGCCCAUCUUCUACACGGACCGAGAACGGCGCUCGCUCUUGGAUGCGGCCACGAUCGCGGGGCUCAAUGUGCUGAAACUCAUGAAUGACACGACGGCGACUGCCUUAGCCUAUGGCAUUUAUAAACAAGAUCUUCCCGCCCCGGAGGAGAAGCCGCGAAAUGUCAUUUUCGUGGACUCCGGGCAUCGCGGCAUUCAGGUGGCUGCGGGCUCGUUCCACAAGGGGAAGCUAGUCAUUCAGGCGUGUGCGUUUGAUCGGAAUUGCGGGGGUCAAGCCUUCAACGAGGCGUUGGCCAAGUUUUUCGCCGAGGAGUUCCGCACCAAGUACAAGAUCGACGCAUUAUCCAACAAGAAGGCGCUUCUCAAGCUCACGGCCGAAGGCGAGAAGCUCAAGAAGCAAAUGUCGGCCAACACGAACAAGCUUCCAUUGAACAUUGAGUGCUUCAUGGAGGACAAGGACGUGUCGGCCAGUGUGGACCGAGCCAAGUUCGAGGAGCUCAUCAGUCCCCAGCUGAAACGCAUCGAGGAAGUCAUGAGGGAGUGCUUGGCCGCCAUCAAGUGGAAGACGGAGGACAUUUACAGUGUUGAGAUCGUGGGUGGCUCCACUCGCAUCCCGGCCAUCAAGAACCUCAUCGAGGACAUCUUCGGCAAGGCCCCCAACACCACCCUGAACGCCGACGAGGCCGUUUCUCGAGGUUGUGCCCUUCAGUGUGCUAUCUUGUCGCCCACUUUCAAAGUGCGAGAGUUCUCCGUGACCGACCUUCAGCCCUACCCCAUCAAGCUGAAGUGGCAGUCGGAGGGCGACUCGGGCGACAUGGAGGUGUUCCCCAAGUUUCAUGCCGUCCCUUACUCCAAGAUGCUCACUUUCUACCGACGCGACAACUUCGUGGUGGAGGGUGAAUAUGACGGAUCCGCUCCAUUGCCCGAUCAACACAUAGGCAAGUUCGAGAUCGGCGAAGUCAAGCCCUUGCCCGAUGGCAGCAAUCAGAAGGUCAAAGUGAAGGUCCGAGUCAACCUGCACGGGAUUUUCGUCGUGUCCACUGCCUCGUAUUCCGAGAAGCACGAAAUUGAAGAGGAGGUCCCCAUGGAGGUGGAGACUCCCAAGGAAGGCGCCAAUAGUGAUGCUGCCAACACCGCCGGUGACAAAGGGGACAAGGGGGACAAGGGGCAAGAGAAGAAGACCGAGGGCCAAGAGAGCGGUGAGCGCGGUGAGCCCAUGGAGGAGACCAGUAAGGAGGACUCGGCCGCCAAGUCCAAGGAACCAGUCAAGAUGGAGAAGCGCAAGAAGACCGUCACCAAGACCAUCGAGCUUCCCAUCACUCCCAUUGUGGCCGGAGCCCUGUCCAGAGACAAACUCGAGCUCGCCACCGAUCUUGAGAAGACCUUCGUGGCCCAAGAUACCCAAGAGGGCGAGCGGUUAAACGCCAAAAACACCGUCGAAGAGUACAUCUACGACAUCCGGUCCAAGAUUCAUGAUGAGCUGGCCGACUUCAUUGCCGAGGAGGAUCGUGCGCAAUUCGUCAACGACCUCGAGGCCGCCGAGAACUGGCUCUACGAGGAUGGCGAAGAUUGCGAAAAGACCGCCUACGUGGAAAGGCUGAAGGCCCUCCGACUCAAAGGCGAGCCCGUGAGGAAACGCAAAGAGGAGUUCGAACUGCGACCCCAAGCCAUUGACCUCAUGGGUCGUAGUCUGCAACAAGCUAGUAAGGUGCUUGAUCUGUAUAACCAGGGCGAUGAGAAGUUCAGCCAUAUCGACCCGGCGGAAAUGGACAAGGUGGUCAAACUGGUGGCCGAGAAGCGGGCGUGGCUGGACGAGAACUGCGCCACCCUGGCCAAUCUGCCCAAGACGGUGAAUCCCCCCAUUCUGGCCGUUCAAUUCCAUAACGAGAGGCAAGCCUUCGAAAAUGUGGCCAUGCCCAUCCUGAACAAGCCCAAACCCAAGGUGGAGCCACCCCCACAAGAGAAGGAGAAAACCGGCGGCUCGAAAAAGAAGAACGAAAAUGGAACGAGCGCGCCCGCAGCCGAAGAUCAGCAGCCAGCCGCAAGUGCCGAGCACGGCAAGAAACCCGUGGAAGAUAGUAUGGAUGUGGACUAGAUCCGCCCUCUGUGUGAUAGAUGGAUAUCGAGAUCGAGUGGAGGUCAACCACCGACCGCGACCCAGUUGGCCAACCAAAUUAGUCCCAACAACGAGGUCAUCAGCUUGGAUGGAAGAUGCUACCCACUGACCAUUGCAAGGGUGGGCUGAUUCUGCGCUCGGAUAUGUCUGACCUCUAUGGCUGAUCCAAGUUAUUCUCACUCUCCUACUUGACAUAUAUAUAUAUACCAUUA